AUGACCAAAACCCUCUUUUCCGUUUUUCUCGUCCUUUUUAUUCUGAUAGCAUCCGUCACUGCUGCCAGUUACGACUGUCGACCAGGUCAAAAAUGUUGGCCAUCAUUGAGCGAAUGGAAGCAACUCAACACCAGCGUUGAUGGUCGCUUAUCUGAAACCAUUCCAAUUGCCGCCUCCUGCUACAAAACUUCAAGAUACUACAGCCCAGAUGCCUGCAAUAUUGUUCAGGAAUACUAUGGCGAUAGUAUCCCUCGUGGAGAGCACUUCGGACAGACCUAUUGGCUGAACUGGGAGACUUGUCAUGACUCUGGAUGUGCGCUUCUGGAAUCUGAUCCAACCGAGAUUACAUAUGGGAAUUGCUCUCUUGGUCGUCUAGCAUCAUAUUAUGUUGAUGUUCAUGAACCAUCGCACAUUGCUGCCACACUCAAGUUUGCAAAGACCCACAACAUCCGCAUCAGCGUGAAAAACACUGGCCACGACUUCUACGGAAGAUCAUCUGUUCCAAACACCCUUGCUAUCUGGACCAAAAAUCUCGACAGUCUGAUAUUCCACUCCAACUUCACCGCUCAGGGCUGUCCCACUUCGAGCAGUCAAAAUGUCGGAGAGCUUGGCGCUGGUGUUGUCGCGGGAGAUGCCUACCGCUUCUUCGAUAAUCACGGAAUGGAUAUUAUGGGAGGGUAUGAAGAGUCUGUCGGCGUUGCUGGCGGAUUCGCUCAAGGAGGCGGUGUCGGGUCAUUUACCACAACUUAUGGCCUCAUGGCUGACAAUGCCGUGGAAUUCGAAGUCGUCACUGCCGAUGGAGAGCUACGCGUGAUCAACCAAUGUAAUGAUCCUGAUCUUUUCUGGGCCAUGCGCGGCGGUGGAGGCGGUACCUACGCGGUCCUUACCAAGUAUCGUGUUCAGCUUUACCCAUCAUUACCAAUCCACACCUACACCUUUACAGCAAAUUUCACUAAUGCUGGCCCUCACACCAAUGCGACGGAGAAUGUUGCCCUCCGUGAAAUUCUGACCGCUCACGCCAAGAACCAGAUGGACUGGUCUGCCCAGCUUGUCACAGGCCAGAUCGAGUACUUUCCUGAGAAAUUUGCCAUCAGCUUGGUACUGCCUUAUGGAGACAAUGGAUCGAAGUUAAAGUCCGCCACCGCCCGAUUUGCCCAGUUCCUCGCCAAUCGCACGGAUCUUUCCGUGUCCGCCAAUGAAUAUAAUUCCUACUCCAGCUACGCCAAUUACCUAUCAGUGACAUCGGCCGAUGCCAAAGUCACGGAGCCAUCUGGAAUCUUCUCUCUUCUCUCGUCACGGUUGAUACCUACCAAGGUGUUCGCUGACCCGGAAACCAUUGAUGAAUUGGUUGAAGGUGUCUUGCAGGGAAUUGCAACGGCCAGAAGUCUUUUCAAUCUCACCGGGACCCAGGUUGUCUCCGAGACACCCGUGAGCAACUUGAAUGCAGACGAAUCAUCGGCCGUUAACCCGGCGUGGCGGGAUGCUCUAUGGCAUGUCAUUCAUGUUGGCGAAUGGCUCGAACCGUUGGAUGAUCACGAGUUGAAAAUUGUCGCUGAUGGGAUCUUGCACACAGUUGAUCCGUUGAAGAAGCUGAGUCCUGGUGGUGGAGCUUAUUUGAAUGAAGCAAGCUAUUUGGAGCCUGACUGGGAAUACACUUAUUUUGGUUCCUUCUACGACAGGCUUUUGGAUGUGAAGAACCGGUAUGAUCCUACUCACAUAUUUGAUUGUUGGAAGUGCGUCGGAUGGAGAGGCGAGGCUGAGUGA